AUGCAAUUUAAGAACGCUUUGACCGUUACUGCUCUCCUCAGUGCUUCCGCUCUUGCUGCUAGCUCUUCCUCUUCUAUCGCCUCAUCGUGUAGUAUUGGUUCUCAAGCGACCGCUACUGCUCAAGCUGAUUUGGACAAAAUCUCAGGCUGUGAGACCAUUGUCGGUAACUUGACCAUUACCGGUGACUUGGGUUCAGCUGCCUUGGCUAGUAUCAAAGAGAUCGAUGGUUCUUUGACUAUCUACAAUGCCUCUUCUUUAUCUACUUUCUCCGCUGAUUCUAUUAAAAAAAUCACUGGUGAUUUGAACCUAAAAGAAUUGUACAUUUUGACUAGUGCUUCUUUCGGCUCCUUACAAGAAGUCGACUCCAUCAGCAUGAUCACUUUGCCUGCCAUUUCUACUUUCUCUACUGAUUUGCAAAACGCUAACAACAUUGUGAUUUCAGACACCACUUUGGAAAGUGUUGAAGGUUUUUCUACCUUGAAGAAGGUUAAUGUUUUCAACAUCAACAACAAUAGAUACUUGAACUCCUUCCAAUCUUCUUUGCAAAGUGUUUCCGAUUCUUUACAAUUCUCUUCCAAUGGUGACAACACCACCUUGGCCUUCGAUGAUUUAGUCUGGGCCAAUAACAUCACCCUGAGAGAUGUAAACUCUAUUUCUUUCGGUAGUUUGCAAACUGUUAACGCUUCCUUAGGUUUCAUUAACAACACUUUGCCAACUUUGAAUUUGACUAAAUUGAGUAAGGUUGGUCAAUCUUUGUCUAUUGUAUCCAACGAUGAAUUAUCCAAGGCUGCCUUCCAGAAUUUGACUGCCAUUGGUGGUGGUUUCAUUAUUGCUAACAACACUCAAUUGAGAAUCAUCGAUGGCUUCAACAAUGUUCAAACCGUUGGUGGUGCCGUUGAAGUUACUGGUAACUUCUCCACUUUGGACUUGUCUUCUUUGAAGUCAGUUAGAGGUGGUGCCAAUUUCGAUUCCUCUGCUAGUAACUUCUCUUGUAAUGCUUUGAAGAAGUUGCAAAAUAACGGUGCUAUUCAAGGUGACUCCUUUGUUUGUAAGAAUGGUUUCACAUCUACUUCCGUUAAGUUGUCAUCCACUUCUACUGGUUCUUCUAAGAGCUCUGCUACAUCAUCUGCUUCUUCCAGUGGUGAUGACUCUAACGCUCAAGCUAGCGUUUCGGCUUCUUCCAGCUCUUCUUCUUCUAAGAAGUCUAAGGGUGCUGCUCCAGAGCUCGUUCCAGCUACUUCAUUCAUGGGUGUCGUUGCUGCUGUUGCCGUUGCCUUACUAUAG